UUUAACUUAUAAUUACUAAUGUAAUUGUAGCAUUUUCUUCGUACAAAGAGUGUUUUAGAUUUUUAACUUAUAAUUACUAAUGUAAUUAUAGCAUUUUUUUGCGCUCAUGGAGCCUUACGCUGAUGGGUCAAAGCCUCUAAGCUUUCAAACAGACAAAGAUGAGAAUCCUAACAGAAUACAAUCUCAAGCAACAGCGUCUACAUCAUCCAAUCCCAACAUCGUUUACCAUGAUCUGGAUAAAGAUGUGGAAUGGCAUUCGCAAAAGUGGGAAUAUCUUGGUCAUUCAGUUGAGCAUAAAAGUCUGUUGUUAGAAUUGUGUGGCAGAAAUCCCGGAGCAGAUAUUAAAUAUGUGGGCAAUGUUCGUGUAAUUUUCUCGAAGAAGUUUAUGCUCGGCGAAGGAAAUAAUGAAACCCGUGUUUAUCUUGGACUGACAAAUGAUGGCUACGGUAAAGCAGUGAAACAAAUACGUAGAGAUAACUACUUCCAGCCUGCACAGCAUGAAAAGAAAAUUUUAAAUGAAUUCAAUGCAAAAAAGUCGAAAUAUGUUGUGAAUUAUUACUUCUUAGAGGAAGAUACUGGAACAGAGUAUGUUUACUUGAUCUUAGACUUAUGUGAGGAAUCACUGGAGAAGUUUGUGAAAAAAUGUAAUACUACUAUACAUGAUCUUCAAAAAGCUCUUCCCGAUAUUCUUAGAAAUAUUUUGAAUGGAUUAAAUGAUCUUCAUAGUGGCUCAAAUCCUAUUAUUCAUCGGGAUUUGAAACCUUGCAAUGUUCUCCGUGACGUAGACGGCAAAUUUCUGAUAGCUGACUUUGGAAUUAGUCGAAUGUUGAAGAAUGGAUCUACAACAUACAAAAGCAAGUUUAACAGGGGAACUGAAUAUUGGAUUGCUCCUGAAUCAUAUCGUGACGACGAAGAUUCAAAUGAAGCACGUAAUGAAGAUUUAAAUAAAGCACGUUACAAAAAAGAGUCUGAUGUAUAUAAUGCAGGAAUGGUGGCUUAUUAUGUUGCAACAAAAGGGAAACAUCCUUUUGGAACUAAACGGCUUAGACUGGACAACAUGUUGAAUGGGAAACCUGUUGGUUUAGACGAAAUCAAAGAUGAAACAUUAAAAGACCUUCUGUCGUGGAUGUUAAAACUACAACCAGAAGAAAGACCAUCUGCCAAAGAAGCCUUGAAACAUCCAUUUCUUCUGUCGGAUGACGACAUAUUUCACUUUUUAUGUAAAGUUGGUGACUUACUGUCAAUUAGAAGAAAUUAUCCCCACUCUAGUCUCGUGCAACAAAUUAAUAUUGAAUCUUCAAAUUGGAAAAGUCAAAUGGAUAACGAUGUUUAUGAAUAUUUGGUAAAUGGAAGAAAGUAUGGAUCGUCAUGGACAGAAUGCUUAAGGCUCAUUCAAGAUAUUGGCCAGCAUCGGAACGAUGGACCACGACCUCUACCACAACCAGAACCAUUUUAUAAGAUUGGCGAUUACAGGACGUAUUUUGUUGAAACAUUCCCCAGUCUCCCUGUUCGGAUUCAUGCAGCUCUCAGGUCAAAUAAUGAAUUAAAAGAACAUGUUGAAGCAAACACAGUAACUGACGGCAAUGUUGAAGCAAGCACAGUAACUGGCGGCAAUGUUGAAGCAAGCAAAGGAACUCGCGGCAAUGCUAAAGCUAGCACAAGAACUGGGGGCAAUGUUGAAGCAAGAACAGGAACUGACGGCAAUGUUGAAGCAAGCACAGGAUCAAACAAAAAAAGUCUUGUGAAGACAAAGUAUGUGGAUGGAAUUUGUCGUGGACAAGAAUUAUUUGAGAAACAGAAAAUUGGCUAUAUGUACCAAAAGGCAGAUUAUCACCAGGAAAACAGCAAUAAUUCCUCUAUAAAGAAAAGAAACAGCGAAAGCAUGAUGACGGUUGUUUUCAAUGCUAUGUUAUCAAAGAAUUUUCAAAAGGAUUACAACGAGGAGACCAAAAUUUUUAUUCGAGGAGAAGAACCAAUUUUUAAAGGCUGGAAUGAUGAGCACGGCGAAAGUGUUAUAGUGGAAAGAGAUGAUCAAGAUCAAUUAAUUCUCCGCUGUGAAGUAAAUGUUCCAUUAAAUUUGUGUCAUCAUAUGUGUGCCUAUAAGUACGUCUUGGUUGGGGACAAGAAAAAGGCGGAAGAUGUAAAAUAUGAGUGUUUAGUAGAAGUGCAAUCUAGAAAUAGAGGAUACAAUUAUAUCAACCGGUGCCUUAUUAUUCCUCCUGAAUUUCAGUCAGAAAACAAAAUUUACUACAAAUUUGACGGAUUUGUGUACAAGAAUUCUGAAAGAAACAUUCCAAACAGUUUGCUAUCUUCAGACAGAGAAUUGUUCUUUCUAAGGUUUUUUCCAUACUGGAAUGGUUUUUCCGCCACUUCCGAUACAAUAAAACUGCCAGAUGAAGCUUUAGAAAUACUUCAUUAUUUGUAUUUGGCGGUUAUCGAGAUGUGGACAUUAAACGACGGUACAUUCAUGAAAACGGAUUUUCCCAUGCCUGCGUUUAAAAAGAUCUUUCGUGAGAUAUUUAUGCCAAAGAUAGAAAAAAAUCUCAAUGUCAUGAGAACUAAUGAAGAAGAAAAGAAAGUUGAUGCUCUAAUCUCAUCUGCUAUUAUUGCAUCUGUGUUUGGAGAAUACAAUGUUCCACUAGAUAGGCCUGAUGGAAUUAAAUUGCUUCAAUGUCUCAAACUUCCUGUCAAUAAAACUAUUUGCACAAGAUUUAUGGCAACCCUGAACAAGUUUGACCCUAAAGUAUUAAGGUUUGUUUUAAUGCAAAGCAGACUAAACAUGCGACUUAAAAUAUGUAUAUAAUAGCAAUUUUUGUGUGCUUUUUUCAUUCAUAUGAAAAAUGAAAUUAAUUCAUUCAAUUAAUUACCUUGUGUCGUCAUGCGUUAAUGUUCUUCUUAAAAAAUAUUUUUCCUUCCGGACCGACUUAAUUCUAAAAAAUUUAGUUUUUUUACUAAAGGUAACAAUCUUAUAGUUUGUUCAGUAAAUUCAAUAAUGGCAGCCAAAUAAAGAAUCAAAACUUUG